CUUACCGCAACAAUACAGCAGCAGCAACAGACUUGUCUCAGGAGCAUCAAAACCUAGCUCACUCAUCCGAUGGCUUUCAAUCCUAGCCCUCCAGGACUGGGAUCCCCCUACUUCCCUCCGAACCCUUUCUUUCCAAGGCCACCACCGCGGCCCCAAGCUCCGCCACCCCCACAGCGUUUCCCGCCACCACCUUCGCCACCCAGUCGAGCCCCGCCACCGCCACAGCGUGCACCCCCGCCACCAACUCUACCCCCACCGCCACCACGUCGUGCCCCCCCUCCACCCACUCUGCCCCCGCCGCCACCAAGUCGCACACCUCCACCGCCACAGCGUGCUCCCCCGCCACCAACUCUACCCCCACCGCCACCGCGCCGUGCCCCCCCUCCACCCACUCUGCCCCCGCCGCCACCAAGUCGCACACCUCCACCACCACAGCGUGCUCCCCCGCCACCCACUCUGCCCCCGCCGCCACCCCGUCGUGCCCCGCCUCCGCCAUCAUCACCACCACCACCACCGCGCCUUGCUCCCCCGCCACCCCGUCGUGCCCCACCUCCACCAUCAUCACCCCCGCCGCCACCUCACCGUGCUCCGCCCCCACCAUCACCGCCCAUUCGACCACCGCCGCCGCCAACUCCUCACCCCCUAGCCCCACCUCCACCGCAUAUCAACCCGCCAACACCCGUGCCACCUCCCCCUAGCCCUCCACACCACAUCGUCAUCAUCGUGGUGUUCGUCUCACUAGGCGGCCUGCUACUGCUAGGAUGUCUCGCCGCGCUCUUCUGCUGGCACAAGAAACGGGGGAGGAAGACAGAGAGGAAGGCGGAGGUGCUGAACUACAGCGACCAAGUCCAUGUCCACAAGGCGACCAUGUCAGGCCCCGAAGGCGCCAAGACCGUCAGUCUCACAAUAGACGAGGACAUCAAAUUCCAAGAGGCAGUGAAGAAGCAGGACGCCAUUGGCGAAUCGUCGAGCACUGCAGCAGCAGGGAAGACGUCGCACCACGGCCCUUGGCUCUGGCACAAGAAACACGAGAGCAGAGACGAGAAGGCAGAGCUCAUCAACGUCACAGAGCACAAACAUGUCGACCAGAAGAUCGUGCCGGGGCCUCACGGCGAAAAGAUUGAGGUCCUUUCAGAGGAUGAAGAUAUCAGGUUUGAAGAGGCCAGCGAGAAAGAAGCGUCUGAGAUACCAAAGACGCACAAAAUCAAGUCCUAAGAAGAUGAUGCCACUACAUAUCUGCCCAAGUUUGCCUAUACUGAAGGUCCUUCAGCUUGAGGGAAUAAUCAUAUCCAUACCCUUACACAUACACAUACUAUUGCAUGCAUUUGAUUAUUUUGAUAAGAUUCUAUGUUCUUUCAUGUGACUAAAAUAAGGGCGUCAGAGACCCAUUUGAUUGAAUUCAAUGUGUAAUUAUUCGACAGCAUUGUGUAUGAGCAAAUUACGUGUGCAUCAAUUUCUUCAACGAAAUUUCACAAAAACCUCCUGUCAAAUAGGCCGGUUAGUGGCUGCA